AUGAAUGGCCGGAACAUGGAGGAGGUGCCAUUCGAAAGAAUCAAGACCCGGCGGAGGAAGGGUCACUGCCCGGCCGGCUCGCCCCUGGGCGCCAUCGCCUGUGAGGACGAGUUCAACAGCCCGGAGCUGGAGGCUCUCUUCCAGAACUACAACCUGAAGCUAGAGCAGACCGCCACGCUCAAGGCGCUCGCGGUGCUCAUCGUGGCCGCGUCGUCGCUGUCCCUGGUGGAGCUGCUGUCCAGCCCGCGGCUCACCCUGUCCAAGGGCUCGUACCCGGUGCACUGCGUGGUCUUCCUGUCGCUCUUCAUCGUCACCAACGUCAAGUACCUGCAGGUGACGCAGCUGCAGCAGAUCGCGAAGCUGGCCCUGCUGUUCAGCUUCACCUUCGCGCUGCUCUGCUGCCCGUUCCCGCUGGCGCUCGGCACCGCGGAGCUGCUGAGCGCCGCGGCCCCGGAGCAAGGCGUGUGGCAGCUUAUGCUGGUCACCCUCGUGGCAUACGUGCUGCUGCCGGUGCGGACGCUGCUGGCUGUGCUGUUCGGGGUGAUGCUGGCUACGUCUCACUUCAUUGUCAUCGCGACGUCGUUCACGGGAAGGAAGCAGAAGAUGUGGAGACCGCUGGUGGCCAACGCGGUGCUGUUCGCCAGCGUCAACUUGUCGGGGGUGUUUGUGAGGAUUCUCACCGAGCGCACCCAGAGGAAAGUCUUCCUGCAAGCCCGCGACUGCAUCGAAGAGAGGCUGAAACUGGAGGACGAGAAUGAGAAGCAGGAGCGUCUGCUAAUGAGCCUACUGCCCAGGAAUGUUGCCAUGGAGAUGAAGGAGGACUUUUUGAAGCCGCCUGAGCGAAUCUUUCACAAGAUCUACAUCCAACGUCACGACAAUGUCAGCAUCCUGUUUGCAGACAUUGUGGGUUUCACCAGCUUGGCUUCUCAGUGUACUGCUCAGGAACUGGUCAAACUGCUCAACGAACUCUUUGGGAAGUUUGAUGAGCUGGCUACAGAGAAUCACUGCAGGCGGAUCAAGAUCCUUGGGGACUGUUACUACUGUGUGUCAGGACUGACCCAACCCAAGGCGGACCACGCCCACUGCUGUGUGGAGAUGGGACUGGACAUGAUUGACACGAUCGCGUCGGUGGUGGAGGCGACAGAAGUGGAUUUGAACAUGCGUGUUGGUCUGCACACAGGACGGGUGCUGUGUGGCGUUCUGGGCCUUAGGAAGUGGCAGUAUGAUGUCUGGUCAAACGAUGUCACACUGGCAAACAUGAUGGAGGCCGGAGGGCUGCCUGGCAAGGUGCACAUCACCAGGACCACCCUGGAGUGUUUGAAUGGAGACUACGAGGUGGAGCCGGGCUUCGGCCACGAGAGACACGCCUUCCUUCAGAAACAUCACAUAGAGACAUUUUUCAUCGUGCCAUCACACAGACGCAAAAUCUUUCCCGGUCUUAUUCUGUCAGACAUCAAACCAGCCAAGAGGAUGAAGUUCAAGACGGUGUGCUACCUGCUGGUGCAGCUGAUGCACUGUAGGAAGAUGUUCAAGGCCGAGAUCCCCUUCUCCAACGUCAUGAGCUGUGACGAUGACGACAAGCGGAGAGCCCUGCGGACUGCGUCGGAGAAGCUGAGGAGUCGAACGUCCUUUUCCACCACCGCCACCGUGCAGCACUCACCAGGAACGCGAGUCAACCGCUACAUCGGGCGGCUCAUCGAAGCACGGCAGACCGAGUCCGACACAACAGACCUCAACUACGUCACCCUGUUCUACACGAGCAGAGACAGGGAGCGCCAGUACCACCAGGUGUCUGACGACCAUUUCAUCAGCGCGGUGGUUCUCUCUCUGAUCCUCGCCGCUCUGUUUGGCCUUAUCUAUUUGCUAAUGAUCCCACAGGGGAUGCUGGUGCUGUUGCUGCUGGUGCUGUGUGUGUGUUUCCACGCCGCCUGUGUCAUGUACCUGCAUCUCACCAGCGUUCAGUGCCAACCAGGCUGCCUCUCCAUCCAGAUCCGAACCGUGCUGUGUGUCUUCCUCGUUCUGCUCACCUACUCUGUUACUCAGGCCUGUGUGGUGGGAUGUGUUCCUUGGGCGAGAGUUGGGACAAACUCCAGUCUCUCAGCGGACGACGGCCCCGCAGACGCGUACAACAGCACCGCGGCGGACAGAGCUUGUUCCAACAUGGCGUACGCUUUGCUGUCCUGCGUGGCCGGCACCCUCACUCUUGUCCCCUACCUCCGGGUCUCCUCGCUCCCCAAGAUCCUCCUGCUCCUCCUCCUCUCUGUCACCUACACUGUCGUCAUGGAGACCAGCGGCUAUCGCCAAGCUGUGGGAGGAGGGUUUCUCCACACAGGGGGGUAUGAUCCUGUGUUGGCUGCCUUGCUGUUUUCUGGAGCUCUGGCUCUGCAUUCAAGACAGCUGGACCUGAAGAUGCGGCUCGACUAUCUCUGGGCUACUCAGGCGGAGGAGGACAGAUGCGACAUGGAGAAGGUGAAGCUGGACAACAAGAGGAUCCUGUUUAACCUGCUGCCGGCUCAUGUGGCUCAGCACUUCCUCAUGUCAAACCCCAGGAACAUGGACCUGUACUACCAGUCCUACGCUCAGGUCGGAGUGUUGUUCGCCUCCAUCGCCAACUUCAACGACUUUUACAUUGAGUUGGACGGGAACAACAUGGGCGUCGAGUGUCUCAGGCUGCUCAAUGAGAUCAUUGCCGACUUUGAUGAGCUUAUGGACAAAGAGUGCUACAGGGAUAUUGAGAAAAUCAAGACUAUUGGCAGUACAUACAUGGCUGCAGUAGGGCUGGUUCCUACAACUGCCUCCAAGGCGAAGAAGUCCACCACCUCACAUUUAUGCACAGUGUCAGAUUUUGCCAUUGAUAUGUUUGACGUCCUGGAUGCCAUCAACUACCAGUCUUACAAUGACUUUGUCCUGAGAGUAGGUAUCAAUGUGGGACCAGUGGUGGCAGGAGUGAUUGGAGCCAGAAGACCUCAGUAUGACAUCUGGGGAAACACAGUGAACGUAGCCAGCAGGAUGGACAGUACCGGGGUACAAGGAAAGAUCCAGGUGACAGAGGAGGUUCACCGUCUCCUCACAGACCACUACAACUUUGUGUGCCGGGGCCAGGUCAGCGUGAAGGGCAAAGGUCAGAUGCUCACAUACUUCCUGGAAGGGCGCACGCACGGCAGCAGACCGCCUCAAAUCCAGCAGCAGCCUGGCAACGGCGAGCGGCGGUUCAGCGCGUUCACCCAGGGCAGCGUUUGCACCAGGCUGAGCCCCGCCCCCACCGUGACCACCUACGCUACGGCCAGGACCCCGAGCCCGAGCACGGCCAAACCAACCACUUCCUCCAGCGCCACCAGGUACCUGCCCUCUGUCCCCACGGCAACGGUGUGA